AUUACUCCCAGCGCCGCUAAGCGAAUUUAUCGAAUUUACGAAAAACAUAAUAUCACGAAUAAACUCACGUGUUUUGAAACUAGCUAACGUGUGAAUAGUAAAAACCGCUCGGACACAUUUAACGCCCCCCCCCCCCAAAAAAGAAGAAAAAAGGUCAACAUUGAUUUGUAGUUUUAUGACCCUGCGUCAUAUGACCCGGGCUUGAUACGCGCUUUUAAUUGAAUGCUGUCUUUUAAAAAAAAAAAAAAAAAAAAAGGAGGCUUAGCUACAUGGCGUUAAUUAGCCCGCUACUAGCUACGUGACGUUAGUUCGGAGCGUUGACAGGUCGCGGAACCCUGCGUGCAGUGUCCGCCGCGCCGCCGCACCGCCGCCGCUUUUCACGCUCUCCAACGAGACGGGACGGAUCGCGGUGAGAGAGGAACGAAAGGCAGAGAGGAGGAGGAGAGAAAAAGAGAAGCAAAGGCGAUGGCAACACUACAAGACACAGAGGAUGCCAGUGAGACAGACCUCGCCAAGCACGACGAGGAUGACUAUGUGGAAAUCAAAGAACAAAUGUACCAAGACAAACUGGCCUCUCUGAAGAGACAGCUGCAGCAGUUACAAGAAGGUACGCUGCAGGAGUACCAGAAGAGGAUGAAGAAGCUGGACCAGCAGUACAAAGAGAGACUCCGAAAUGCAGAUCUAUUUCUCCAACUUGAGACGGAGCAGGUGGAGAGAAACUACAUCAAGGAGAAGAAGGCGGCGGUGAAGGAGUUUGACGAUAAGAAGGUGGAGCUGAAGGAAAACCUGAUUGCAGAGCUGGAGGAGAAGAAGAAGAUGAUUGAGAAUGAAAAGUUAACAAUGGAGCUGACAGGUGACUCAAUGGAGGUAAAACCCAUCAUGACUCGGAAGCUGAGGAGACGACCCAACGAUCCAGUCCCGAUACCGGACAAACGGAGAAAACCCGCACCAGCUCAGCUAAAUUAUUUGCUAACAGACGACCAGAUAAUGGAGGAUCUAAGAACACUUAACAAGCUCAAGUCACCAAAGCGUCCAGCUGGAAAACAAACACUGGAAAUAGCCGAAGCGACCCCCCCUCCUCUCAACAAAACAGCAAAGAGCUAUAUGUCGCCCUCUUCCCCAGAGCACGUGCCCUCGGCUCCCAUGGACAGCCCCUCCCAACGGUACGAGGCCCGCAUCGAGGAGGGGAAACUUUACUACGACAAAAGAUGGUACCACAAGAGCCAGGCCAUCUACUUGGAAUCAAAGGACAACACAAAGAUCAGUUGUGUCAUCAGCUCAGUCGGGACCAAUGAGAUUUGGGUGAGGAAGACGAGCGACAGCACAAAGAUGAGGAUCUACCUGGGGCAGCUGCAGAGAGGGGCCUUCGUCAUCCGUCGGCGGUCGGCCGCGUGAAACAUUCCCCCACCCGGUCCAUUUGUCCGUUCGUCCGACUGCACCGCUUCACCUAUUUGGUGCAUCUCCGUUGAGUUUGACAUGUGGCCUCUUUAUAGUAUACACUACCCCCCCCCCCCCCCCCCCCCCCCCCCUCCUC